CUCACUGGCACUUUUGGGGCGGAGCCUCCGAACUCGUUUCCUUUAGAUAUCCGGUACCUGCCCCCGCUGUUGCCCUUGGUGCCUUCGACUUCUGCCACCCCGGCGACCAUGGGUCUGGAGCUCUACCUGGACCUGCUGUCCCAGCCCUCCCGCGCCGUCUACAUCUUCGCCAAGAAGAAUGGCAUUCCCUUCCAGCUGCGCGCCUUGGACCUGCUCAAAGGUCACCACCUGAACCCAGAGUUCCUCCCAGCUAACAGCCUGCAGAGGGUGCCUGUCCUCAAGGACGGUGACUUCCUCUUGACUGAAAGUGUGGCUAUCCUGAUUUACCUGAGCAUUAAGUACCAGACAGCGGAUCACUGGUACCCAUCAGACCUGCAGGCCCGCAUGCGCAUCCAUGAGUACCUGGGCUGGCAUGGUGACUGCAUCCGUAGCACCUUUGGUGUGUCCUUGUGGGCUCAGGUGCUGGCUCCGCUCAUUGGGAUUCAGGUGCCUGAGGAGAAGCUGAAGCGCAACAGGGCUGCCAUGGACAGGGCCCUGCAGUGCCUGGAGGACAAGUUCCUGGGGGACAAGGCCUUCCUCACUGGCCAGCAGGUGACGCUGGCGGACAUCAUGGCGCUGGAGGAGCUGAUGCAGGCUGUGGCUAUUGGCUGUGACCUGUUUGAGGGACGGCCACGGCUGGCUGCCUGGCGCCAGCGAGUGGAGGCUUUCCUGGGUGCUGAUUUGUGCCGGGAGACCCACAGCGUCAUCUGGAGCAUCCGGGAGCUGGCAGCCAACAAAAAACUCCCGGAUCCUCCCCCAGAAAUGCGAUCAAGAAUGCUGCUUCGUAUAGCCAGGAUCCCUUGAAGGGUGUGGAUAAGGUCGAUUGGGGUCAGAAGAUUGGUAGUGUUCAUUCUCUUCCUUGCUUUUUAUCUUUUGUCCCUUUUCAUCUACUUGUCCCUUUUCAUCUUUUUUCAUGUUGUCGCAGUCUCUUGUCUCCGACUCCUGGAGGAACUCUUCACAGGUGGGACAUUGGGUGUCCUUGGCAGUGCUUCUCCUCAGGUGCACCAGAUGUAAUCAGUAGAAAAUUAGAAGUUACCAUAUGUAUAUGAAGAGCUCCUAAAAUUCAAUGACAUGAAGAAAAAGCAACUAAAAA